CUUCACUUACCCAUGAACCAUGGGCAUGAGUUAUCUGCUCACUGGCUGCUUUGACCUUGUUCUGAUAACUGGGCGUUCUGAUUCCUCAGGCACUCAGAGAAGACCAGCGGCACAUCUGGGAGAGCCUCAGAACCACGGACCCUCGACAGCACCUUCUCCCCUCCAAAGAUGAUGGGGACACUACUCAUGUCCUUGGUCAGCUGCCUCAUUGCCAUAAGUCAGGCCAGCCUCAUCAAUCGCUGUGACUUGGCCAGGGUGCUGUACAAGGAGGACUUGGAUGGGUUUGAGGGCUACUCCCUCACUGACUACCUACUGAGCCCCAAUCUUCUCUCAACCAUCAGCUGUGCAAAAAAGAUUGUGUCCGGAGCAGGGGGGAUGAAGAACUGGGUAGCGUGGAGGUUGCACUGUGCAGGCCGGCCCCUCUCCUACUGGAUGACAGGAUGUUUCUUGGGAUGAGACGGGGGAAGGGCUGCUGUGGAGUCAUUUCAGAGCUCCUCUUCUCACUCGGGAAUUCUUCAUUUCCUCUUCCUCUUGCCUCCACUUCAUGUUAUUUUCUUUCCUUCCCAUUUACAAAUAAAACUGACCAGAGCCCCAGGAAUAAAUGGUUUUCUCGGGCUUCCUCCUUGCACCCAUCUGGGCCCAGACCUUCUGGUUCCUGACUGUCAUUGCAAACCAAGAGGACCACAAUGAAGAAGUUGUUAUAUCUGGGGAAUUAUUAAAGCAUUCCUUGUGCA